CAACAUCCGCGUUGACCUGGAUGAUCCCUUACCCAUAAUGCACUGCAGUCGUUGUCAGUAGAAAAAAUGGCGGCGAGGGCACCAGUUGCAACAGGCAGGCUCCUAGUAGGGUUCCGCAAGUGGUACUAUAACAUGUGUGGCUUCAACAAGAUAGGUUUAAUGCGUGAUGACACCGUGCUUGAGGAUUCAGAUGUGAGAGAGGCCCUGAGGAGGCUUCCUGAGACUCAGUUCAAUGAGAGGAUGUUCAGGGUCAAGAGAGCUCUGGAUCUCUCCAUGAAACAGCAGAUCCUCCCUAAAGACCAGUGGACGAAAUAUGAAGAGGAUGUCCCAUACCUGACACCAUAUCUGGAUGAGGUGAUCCGUGAAAGGAAAGAAAGGGAGGAGUGGAUGAAAAAAUAGAUGGUUCCUGAUGUAAGGUGUUAAUCCUGGUCUUCGGCUGGUUCAUGAUUGUCCCCUGGUGUUGUAUUUAAAAUGAAAGUGAUCUAUAUAAGAAAAUCCCCAUUAAACAAAUGUACAUUUUGGAGGGUA